CGCAAUCUGCUCGCUCAGCUCUGCCUAGCUUGAGGCCAGAGUCCUGCGCAGAACCUUCCGGUACCCAGCCCUGCCUCAGGAGCCCAGGCUGCCCUCUUCCCUUUAGUUGUGGCUGUAGGUGUGGGGCCAUGAGCUGUCUUCUAAGCAGUAUGGUCCUAAUGGGGCUGGCUCUGCUGGUCUGUGGAACACAGGCCUUUUUCCUCCCCAACACCACAAGUCUGGAGAAGCUGCUGAGCAAGUACCAGCAGGCCGAGCCACACUCACGGGUGCGCAGGGCCAUCCCCUGGUCCGACCGCCAGGAAAUCCUCAUGCUUCACAACAAACUUCGAGGCCAGGUGUAUCCCCCUGCCUCCAACAUGGAGUACAUGACUUGGGAUGAGGAGCUGGAGAGGUCUGCGGCAGCGUGGGCACAGGAGUGCCUGUGGGAGCAUGGGCCCGCCAGCCUGUUGGUAUCCAUUGGGCAGAACCUGGCUGUGCACUGGGGCAGGUACCGCUCUCCUGGGUUCCACGUGCAGUCCUGGUACGACGAGGUGAAGGAUUACACCUACCCCUACCCCCACGAGUGCAACCCGUGGUGCCCAGAGCGCUGCUCAGGGGCUAUGUGCACCCACUACACACAGAUGGUCUGGGCCACCACCAACAAGGUUGGCUGUGCUGUGCACACCUGUCGGAGCAUGAACGUCUGGGGAGACAUUUGGGAGAAUGCUGUGUAUCUCGUCUGCAAUUAUUCUCCAAAGGGAAACUGGAUUGGUGAGGCUCCCUACAAGCAUGGCCGUCCCUGCUCUGAGUGCCCACCCAGCUAUGGAGGUGGCUGCCAGAACAACCUGUGCUUCAAAGAAGAGCCUUACAGUCAGAAACCGGAGGCGGAUGAGAUGAACGAGGUGGAAUUGGCCCCUGCUCCUGAGGAAACACACGUCUGGGUUCAGCCCAGGGUGGUCAGACCCUCAAAGCCCAAGAAGACCCCAACCAUCAACUUCAUGACCCAAGUAGUCCGCUGUGACACCAAGAUGAAGGAUACAUGCAAGGGUUCCACGUGUAACAGGUACCAGUGCCCGGCAGGCUGUCUGAACAACAAGGCGAAGGUUUUUGGAUCUCUGUUUUAUGAAAGUUCUUCCAGCUUAUGUCGGGCUGCUGUCCACUACGGCGUCAUUGAUGAUCGAGGUGGCCUGGUGGAUGUCACCAGGAACGGGAUGGUACCCUUCUUUGUCAAAUCUCAAAAAAAUGGCGUGGAGUCCCUGAGCAAAUACAAGCCUUCUAGCUCCUUCACGGUGUCGAAAGUGAAAGAAAAGGGUGUGGACUGCCACACCACGGUUGCACAACUCUGCCCCUUUGAGAAGCCGGCCACCCACUGCCCGAGAGUCCAGUGUCCUGCACGCUGUGGAGAAGAGCCAUCCUAUUGGGCCCCUGUGUUCGGAACCAACAUCUAUGCUGAUACUUCCAGCAUUUGCAAGGCGGCCGUGCAUGCAGGUGUCAUCAGCGACGAGAGUGGUGGCUAUGCAGAUGUGAUGCCCGUGGACAAAAAGAAGAGCUACGUGGGCUCGCUCAGGAAUGGGGUGCAGUCAGAGAGCCUGAACGCUCCUCAGAGUGGAAAUGCCUUUCGGAUCUUCGCCGUCAGGCAGUGAAUGUGGAGACCUGGGGAGAAGGGGACGUCAUCUACUGGGCUUGGGGUCCUGCUUUUCAUCUGUACUUUGUCCUUUGGGGGUGGGGGGUUACAGAGAUCCAGGACUCUUUCUUUCAGUGCCAUUGAAUGUCCUGUCCCUUUGUGGCCUUUGGCGAGGGUACCACAGCAUCAUCAGCUCACGAGCAGCAUGCCAUGGAGUCUUGGAUGGACAACCAGCGCCCAGCCUGGCGAGGCUGCGGUCCCCAAAUGGUCACUCAUGUCCUUUCAGGAGCUGCUCACUGAGGCACUCCUCACCACGUUUGCUUUGGUGGGCGGAGGGGGAGGUGUUCAAACCCUUGAGGAGACAGGUUUGAGGUGUGUCAUGAAUGGGACUCUUGUCUGGGUAGAGCCCUAAAGUCACAGUGCAUCCUACCAACAGAGAAAUAGGCUCUAUGUUUGCUGGUCAGACAGAUAGGCUGCAAGGAGAGACCCGGGGUGAGACUUGGGCUCUGCCCCUGGUGGUGUCCUUGCUUCUGUCCCCAACCCUCUUGGCAGUCACGUGCUUAUGUGUCCAGCAGAGCUGGUCUAUUUAAAGUUGGCAGCGCUCCAGAGAUUUAUCUUGUCUUUGUCCUUGUCUAUGUGGCCUGUUUUCACAUGACCUUUGGUCCCAUGGAGGACCGAUGCAUCAGGAGCCUUCCCCCCAUUCCAUGACCCUGUGGGACUUCUGCCCCCACCCCCCCAGGCUGGUCUAAGUGUCCUCCUCUGGGGCUUGGCUUUGCACAAGGUUCUGGGUCUUAGAUGUCUGCUCACUCCUUAGAUGUCGGUCUCACUGCUGCUGUUUGAGUGAUAACUCCAUGUCACAUUCCCCCUAGUUUGGGUGACCUAGUUUUUAGCUGUGGGAGGAAUGGAUUCCUGGCACAUUCCUCAUGGAGGUUAAUGGAGUGGUUUGUGGUUGUAAAACUGCCCAUGACACAGCAGCCACCAGGGAGAAAAGCCGGGACACACAGGAAGGACUCCUGUCCCUAUUGGUGUGUUCAGUUCUUGCCAGCAUCCCCAGAGUUCCAAGACUGUGGUGAGCCCUGGCUUCCAUCACUUAGGAGCCUGGCCCAAACCCACUGUAAAAUGAAACAUGCUUUUGUAAACAGCUUACUCUAGAGAAGGUGAAAUCCCACCCCAGCCCUGGAGAUGUUGCAGAUUGCCGGUGAGUGCUGGCUUCAUGUGGGGUUUCAUGAUCCAGCCAACUAUUUCCUAGGCCAA